GCAACGUUUUCUGUUUGGGCUCUUGAAUGCUCCCUGUUUGUAAUUGCAGAGCAGCCUGCACGUUUGCGAUGUAUAGUAAUUCUUGAUCAUUGAGCGCUUCGGCUUUGACACAAUGGCUGGAAUAGUACUUAGGCGUUGUGUGAGCAGAACUUUACUGUCAACACCUGGUGCAGAAGGUAUCAGAAUCAGAGGGACAAACCGGUACCACUGGACAACUUUAAGAAGGACUGCCACUGCUCUGACUAGUGGAAGAGCUGCGUUCCUCCUGGGGCUCCCCACACUAUCCUGUCUGGCUGUUGAAGCUUAUCACAGAGUGCAGAGUUCAACGGUGGUCUACGCUUUAGAAAAAGAGGAGGUUUUGGAGCAGGCUGACUACCUGUACAGCUGUGCAGAGACAGAGAAGCUGUACCAGCUGCUGCUGCAGUACAAGGACAGUGAUGAUGCAGAGUUCCUGUGGAGGCUGGCGCGGGCAUCUCGUGAUCUUUCCGUCCUGCCAAACAUGGAGGCCGAACGGAAGAAGCAGUUGAUGUUUGAGGGUUUCGAAUAUGCAAAGAAGGCCCUGGAGAAGGAUGAGAAGUGUUUUGCAGCACACAAAUGGUACGCGGUGUGUCUCAGCGAUGUUGGAGAAUACGAGGGAGUCAAGGUGAAAAUAGGAAAUUCAUACAUCAUCAGGGAACAUCUAGAGAGAGCCGUUGAACUCAAUCCCAAAGAUGCCACUUCCUUACAUAUUUUGGGUUACUGGUGCUUUGCUUUUGCUGAGCUGCCUUGGUACCAACGCAAGGUAGCGGCAGUCAUUUUUUCUUCCCCACCCGUGUCUACAUACGAGGAGGCUUUGGAAUUCUUCCUGAAAGCUGAAGAAGUUGAUCCGAACUUCUACAGUAAAAAUCUGCUGAUGCUGGGGAAGACCUACAUGGGCAUGAAAGACACAGAGAAAGCGCUGCUCUUUCUAACCAAAGCAAAAGAGUACCCUGCUCACACACUGGAGGACAAAGAGGUCCAUAGAGAGGCUGUUGACCUCUUGAAGAAACUAGGAUGAAGCUCUUAUCACCACUGAGUGGAACAUGAUGUCUUUGGAGACCAUUAAUAAUUUCUAACAAUGUUUUUCCUUUUAGCUGAUACUGUAAUUAUUAACACAGUAUACUUGUUUAAUCAUUCAGCUUGAGCUAAAUUAAAACAACAACCAACAUUUGAUAUUAUAGGUAUCUACAUUCUCUCUGCAUCUCUUCAUGCCUGAAUACCUCUUACACUAAACUUUCUCUGACAUCUAGCUUAGGGGGGAGCAGAUGCUAGCGGCUGAGCUUAAUGUUUACAAAAUUCGUGAACAUUGAAACUUUAUUUAAUUCAGAUUUGAACUCUGAAUAUGGACAAAAUGUGGUAAAGAGAAAUGUGGGACAGUGAAGCAUACAACAGGUUUGUUCAGUGGUAAAAGUUGCAUAUUGUAAAUUACUUUUUUAGAUCAAGAAAUGUAACAAAUUUCUUCACCAAACCGUAUCUGUGUAUCAAUAAUUCAAACACUGGGAGUUUUCUUUCAAAUAAAAUGUCAGCUCUA